AUGUAUAAUGAUCUGAUGUCAGUGAAUAUUUUGACUUUCCUUGUCGUUUUAUCCCUAUCGACGAUAAACUUCAGCGUUGGUCAACAGACGACGACUAUCUAUGUCAAGCGUGGUGGACGAGCUGAAUUAUGUGACAAUCGUACAACAUCCAUUUACGCUUAUGAAUAUCGCAGUUUGGAUGGGAAGAAAAACUCAAUUCUCGAACCUCCCAAACAUCAACGCUAUUCCAAUCCAUAUGGUACAAGUGUUUUACGCAUCGACGAUGUUGUUGACAGUGAUAGUGGACUAUAUAAAUGUCCACAAGAUGAUACUGAAUGGCAAAAGCUUCAAAUAUAUGUGCCCGUCCAACAUGUUCAUUUAACAAAUUUACAUACAUCAUCGCGCAUAUACAACAACGAUUUUUGCGGAGUCGACAAUACGAAUUGUUUAAUGAUGAUCGAAGGUGAACCGUUAGACAUCGUCUGUGCGGCGGAUGGUUCUCCACGUCCGGCACUGUCGAUUACACUGAAUAAAAACGGUACAACACCAACAAUCAUGGCUUUAGCAAGCAAUACGCCAACGCCGACUAUGAUCAACGAUCAAUUCAAACCGACUGUUUAUGAAGCUCAUCGAAUUAUUGGCUUGACAUCAGCGGACAAUGGCAGAAAUGUCACUUGCCAUGUUGAUAUGAAACAAAUGGAUCCUAAUCUUAUCCUCUCCUCAACUAAACAGCUCUAUAUUGAAUUUCGACCAGUCGUCGUUGAAAAAUUCAAGAAAAUUUAUUGCGGCAUCAAUCAAACGCGUACGAUCAAUUGUACUGUUUUACGAGCUAAUCCAUCUUAUAUACGUUAUUCAAUCAAUGGCUUAUCACCAUCAGUCGUGCGCCGCACAUAUGGUGAUCAAAAUGAUUUAUUUUAUACAUUUGAUAUAACGCCAACUUCAAUCGAGCAUUUUCACUCAUUCAAUGUAACUGCGAAUAAUAGUAUUGGCUUCGAUACAUGCACUUACGAACUUAUUCAUGGAGACAUUAUUGUUCGAUGCAUACCCGAUGCAAUUACAAAUUGUUCGAUUGACACGUCAUCGAACGUAACGAUAACGAUUAAUUGUGUGAAGAGUUACGCUCAAGGUGAUAACGAUGGUUAUGCUUGUACAUUGUUCAAAUAUAAUGAUAAGUCGAGUCAUAAGAUGUUCGAAGAAAUCGCUCGAACGAAAUCGUGCAUAUUUGCAUUGGAGAAUUUUCACGAGCCUGUGGAAUUUCGAGUAGCAGCAUUUAAUCGUUAUGGAUCAUUACCGGUUAAUACACAUGGAUAUGUUAUCCGAUUGAAUCAACCGACAAUAAUCAAAGAAACGCCAUUCUUUAGUCGAAGAUAUGUGGUGAUUAUGUGCAGCAUAUUCGGUGCAGUGCUUUUAUUAUUCUUCCUCUGUUGUCUUUGCGGCACAUGUGGUCAUAGUCGAUCAAAAUUCUCAAGUAAAAAUGACAUGUAUCAAAAGCAAAAAUAUUCAGAUUCGCCGGUCGAGAGUGAAACAUUAAGGCAAACGACUGACGAUACUCUCAUUCAUCUCGUAUCAAAUGGAAACGAAAAACGUUCUCAACAGAAUGGAACUGUUUAUGAUGUUCCAUCACAUCUUAGUAAUGGUAAAUAUUCACAUCCGAUAUCGUCGACGCCGUCGUCGUCUGCUUAUCACCAACAAAAACAUCAAGAAGCCGGUAAUAUCAAUUAUAUCGACCGAGAUUCGGUUACCAGUAGCCUAAAUUCGAUUCCAACGCGAACACGUACCGUGAAUAAUAAAUUCUAUGGAAAUCCAAUCAUUGACUAUCCUUAUGGAGCGUUGUCACCAACAACGAUGGUUGUACCAACCGCAAAACGAAACCCUGAACAUGAUGACGAUGUCGAUGGCGGCGGUGGAGGAGAUGAGUCACCUGUUUAUUCAACUACCACCGAUAUCAUGUCUGAAAGUGGCUCCUUUCUUGUCCCAUCAUCAUCUAAACGCAAUGGGCCACCACCACCUAAACCACGCUAUUCAACAUUGUCUUCUCUUCGUUCACCUAUUGAAAAUCUUGAUAAAACCCCCUUACCACUACCAAAACCACGUUCACGAUCAAAUUCUCGCACACGUUUAAAUAACCCGUCAGCUGAUAAUUCCUCCUGGUUAUACGAUGAGCGUCCCGUCUCGUCGUCUGAUUCCGGUAUAGGUCAAGCCGAUGUUGUUUUCCUACCAAAUGGUGAAACGAUACGUACCGGUCUUGUCAGAUCAAGACAAGAUGCCGUACAAAAACUUUAUACUACACCGUCAAAUGUCCAACAACAAGAAAGAUACCAAACAAUAACAUCACCGAUUGUUCGCGGAACUGAAUGUUAG